AUGGACCCCUCACCCUCACCCGACUCUCCCUCCAAAUACUUCACCCCGAUCAACUCCAGCACCCCCAUCAAGCCCGACCCCGAAGAGACCGAAAACUCCACCCUUUCCAAAGCAGUGAGAAAAACCAGCACCAAGCGCGGCCCCAUCAAAACCUCCCCACACUCCUCCUCCUCCGAAUCCCCCAGCAAAAAACCCAAGCUUACGCCCAAGAAAACCAGACUGCCCCCAAUCCCCACUAAUCUUGACGCCGCCACCAUCAACGAUAGGCUCAUCCUGCGUCUUCGAGAUGACGAACAGCGCGGAUGGAACGAAAUCACGAAGGAGUGGGUGAAGUUGACGGGUAUUCAGGUUGGAGGGUCGACUCUUCGCAUGAGAUAUACUACUAUGAAGAGUAAUUUUGUGGAGAUGGAUGGGAAUGAUGAAGCACGCAUGCUCCGCGCCAAAAAGGAAGUCGAGGAGAAGUUCGAAGGAGAUAAGUGGCGGCUUAUUGCAGAUGCGGUGGAGAGUGCGGGAGGGAAGAGGUAUCCUGCCGGGGCCUUACAAAAGAGGUUCAGGGAGGUUUGUAAGAGGGGGGUUAGUGGCGGUGGUGCUGGGGAUGGGGGAGAGGAGAAAGGGGUUUGA